GCUAGCUAACGCGAACAUCGCCUUAGAAGACAUAACGACGAAGACUUAACAGCAGUACAGCUCUUCCAGGGGUGUUUAUCCGUGUUUUGAGUUUUUUUAUUGCAGCGCAGCAGUAAAGCUGUGAAAAUGGACACAAGAGCCUUGAAGAAUCCAUACCAGGACUAUGAUGGGAGCCCAGCGUCCACUCAGGCUCUGUUUGACUGCCAUGGGAAGCUCACAUCAGAGUUUGCUCAGCGGCUCAGCAGUAAGGUCAGUGAGCUUUUGGCUGUCAUGGAAAAUGGGCUAAAGUCUGCUGACCCAAGAGACUGCACCAGUUACACCGGCUGGGCAGGCAUCGCUGUGCUCUACCUGCACCUCCACAGCAUUUACGGGGACGCCUCCUUCCUUCAGAAAGCUCUGGAUUACGUCAGCCACAGCCUGAAGUGUUUGACCCGACGUCACGAUGUCACCUUCCUUUGUGGGGACACGGGGCCGCUGGCUGUGGCUGCUGUGGUUUACCAUCGCCUGCAGAGGCCACAAGAGAGUGACGAGUGCAUCAACAGAGUGCUGCAAUUUCAUCAGAUUGUGGUGAAAGGUUCUGGUGGGCUGCCUGACGAGUUGCUUUACGGGAGGAUGGGUUAUCUCUACUCACUCAUCUUCAUUAAUCAGCAGCUGGGACAGGACAGGAUCCCUCUGCAGUACAUCCAGCAGAUCAGUGAGGCUGUGCUGGUGUCUGGCGAGAACCAGAGCAGGAGGUUCAGGGUCCAGAACGAGAGCCCGCUGAUGUACGAGUGGUACCAGGAGCAGUAUGUGGGCGCUGCACACGGACUGGCUGGAAUAUAUUACUAUCUGAUGCAGCCUGGUUUCGUCCAUGCCGAGGACUUUGUACACAGGCUGGUGAAGCCUAGCGUCGACUAUGUCUGCCGCCUCAAAUUCCCCUCUGGAAACUACCCUCCCUGCAUUGGAGACGACCGGGACCUGCUGGUUCACUGGUGCCACGGAUCCCCGGGAGUGAUCUACAUGCUGCUGCAGGCGCACAAGGCCUUUGGAGCAGUUCAGUACCUGUCUGACGCCCUGCAGUGUGGAGAGGUGGUGUGGCGUUACGGCUUGCUGAAAAAAGGUUAUGGCUUGUGUCAUGGAGCGGCGGGAAACGCCUACGCCUUCCUGGCGUUGUACAGGCACACGCAUGAUCCGAAACACCUCUACAGAGCCUGCGUGUUUGCAGACUGGUGCAUGAACUAUGGAAAGCAUGGAUGCAGAACACCCGACACUCCCUUCUCCCUGUUUGAAGGCAUGGCAGGCACCAUCUACUUCCUGGCCGACCUCCUGCAGCCAAUGAGAGCACGAUUCCCUGCUUUUGAGGUGUAAACGUUUCAGGUAGUCACUGAACGCACUCGACAAACAUACGACAUCUAACAAGAGGACGACGAGGAAAAAGCAACAAGACAAACUAAAUUCUGGGACUGACUUCGACUCGCACUUUGGACGUUUAGCUUUUCUUGCUCUGUUUUGCAACUUUAAACGUUACUAAGGGAAUGAAUCUUACACAACCGCUCAAUUUAACACUGUUAAAAUCUCCCAGGCAUGUUAAAGGUAAGAGCUGAAGUUUUUGAUGUAUUAAUUUGAUAACUGCUUCAGCUUUUGUUCAGUAUGUGACAGUGUGUGCAGGUGAAACUACAAGAAAAUGCAACUUUGUGCCGUUUCCAGGCUGUUUAAAAGCUUGAUAUUAAUUUUUUAGCACUUAAAAGUGUCAAAUCAUGUAAGAUGUUUUUGUAAAAAAAAUGGGUGUCUAGUUUACUAUUUUGUUUUCUUUUUCUGUGUAAGGUCGACUGCUAAGCUAGCAACAAUGCACUAAAUAUACUACAGUACAUGCUCUGUCAUGUGUUAAAGGAUUAACCCUGGAGUGUAAACUGUGGCCCGUCCUUUUCACCGUCUGAGCAAUAAAUCAUGACUCUUUCUA